AUAGACAUCUUUUCCAUUUUUCGUAUUAAAGAUCCGAUGAAUCUGUUCAACUAGAUAUUGUUUAAUCAAAAGAGAAAAAAGGACAAGGAAAUGAAGAAGAAGAAGAAGAAGUGACCUUGUUUGUUCAUCCUCUUGUAACACUCUCGGAUUGGGGUUAACUGAAAAGCAAAAUGGAUUAAUUAGAAGCCAAUCUGAUUUAUUACUGGCAUAAGGAGCAGAUAAAUGGAAUGUAAGUAGUUCGUUGUUUGGAAGGAGUAUCACAAUCAAGAUUCGCUCAAAGUGGUAUCAACUUAUUGUCACAAUCCGGCUUGCACAUGAGUUUGGGACUAGGGGCUUUAGGUUUUACUUCCUAGUAUAUCGACCUAUUAUCACAAUUCAACUUGUACAGGUUUGUGUUUAGAGGGUUUUAAUGCUUUACUUCCUAAUCUAAAUUAAUAUUUAUUAUUUUUAGGCGAUGCUUAUAUAUUAUAUAGUAUAAAAUUAAAUAUAUGGCAAAGCGAUCCCAUUGUUAGGAAGAAUUGUUUUGGUUACUCUGAAAGUCCCAUGAACUCCUAAAUCUCAAUAAAUUGGGAGUUAAAGAAAAUGAAGAGCCAAUGAUUGUGACUCCUAAAAGAAAAUCCCAUAUAUAGUACAUGUAUUAAUAUAAGGAAAAUUAGCCAUCACGAUUCUUGCACUUUUAUGUUAUGCUUGAAUAUAAAAUAUAUAUAAGUAGCUCAGCAGUAAGGGAGGAAGAGACAAUUGUGACGAACACAUAAGUGGAAAAAAAUGGUAGGAGGUAAGGAAUCAGUUGAUUUAAGGAAGAAGAAAGGAAGCCUUAUUCCUGUAAUGUUCACUCUCUUCUGCACGUAUUCUUCUCUAACUUUUGUUCUUUAUAUACACAUAUAUACUGACUUGUCUUACACUUUUCACUCACAAGUCACAAUUACAACUAGCUAAUAGUUGCAUAUUCAUGGCUUCCCACUUCACGUCAUCUACCAAUGUUUGGUUUCUCUUGCUUGCUAUUGCCUUAGGGGUAACAUUAUCCGAGUGCACAAAUAUUACCAUUAUAAACAAUUGCAAAGAAACAGUAUGGCCUGGAAUUACACCUAAAAACAAUUUCAAUGGAGAUGGUUUUGAGCUAAAACAAGGCCAAUCUGCUGUCUUUAACGCCCCCGCCGGGUGGAGUGGCCGUAUAUGGGGUCGAACCGGUUGCCACUUUGACAAGAACGUUAAUGGCACGUGUCAAACCGGUAGGUGUGGGACCGGUCUAAAAUGUAGUGAACCGGGUGACCCUACAGCUUCAAUUGCCGAAUUUACCCUUGGAGAAACUGAUUUUUACGACGUUAGCCUUGUUGAUGGGUUCAACUUGCCUAUAGUAGUAAAACCUGUAAAUGGCAAGGGAAAUUGCAGUUCUGUUGGCUGCGAUAGUGAUCUUAGGCCAAAUUGCCCUUCGGAGCUAGCUCUCAAGACAGAUGGAAAGACGAUUGCCUGCCGGAGCGCGUGUAACGUCUUUGACACUGAUGAAUAUUGCUGCCGGGGUACAUUUAGUAGUCCAGUGUCGUGUUUACCUACAAACUAUUCAAGGAUUUUCAAGACAGCUUGCCCUGUUGCUUAUAGCUUUGCCUUUGAUGACCCAACUAGUAUCAUCACUUGCUCUUCUACUCACUAUGUUGUCUCAUUUUGUUCUUCAAGGAAUCAGACACAGACACUGUGCACAAAUUAUGGCAAAAAUUUGACUUGUAAUGGAGCAUAUGGAUUGAAGCCACUCUUUAAAACAAGGCAAAUACUGAUGGUUGGAUUGACAACAGUGAUUAGUCUUGGAGGGGUGAUGUUCUGACAGGAUAUUGUGCAGAUUCAAAUCUUUUUGAGUACCUGUUUGCAACUACAUUUACUUUUCUCAUUCAUUUUAGGAUUUUGAUUGCUUUUCCUUGUCUUUUGAAAUUUUGUUCACAAUCUCAAGAGUAGUCUUCUAAAGUGUGAAAACAUCAAAACUUGGCCAUUUACCCAAAGUGCAUAAGCUUCAAAUUCUCAGCAAAAUUGCAUGUCUGGGAUAUUAUUCUUUUAUGCUUUGAAGAUGAUAAAUCUCCAAACAACCCCCCUCCACCAACCCGAAAAAAAAAAAAAAGGAAAAGGAAAAGAAAAGAGGGUAGUGAGAUCACAGGAAAGAAGUAACUUCUAAAAGGCUAUCUUCAAACAAAAAGGAAAAAAACUCAAAAAA